GUUCCCGGCCGGGCGCUGUUCGCUGCCGCACCGAGGCCCUGGAUCUCCGGCAGCCGCCAGCGGGCCGCGGGGUGAGGCCGGGCCGGAGCCUUCGGGAGCCUGCCAUGAAGGUGCCAGUCAGCGUGAUCCGCCUGCCCCAUGGGCCGGAUGGCACAAGCCGUGGCUUUGACCCCAACUCCCCUCGGUACCAGGCUCUGAGCCCCAUCAGCAUCUCCACUAUGGGCUGUGGGAAUGAGGCAGAUCUGGAACGGGAGCAGCAGGCCCGCGUGGCUCUGCGGGAGCAGUACCUGCGCAGCCUGAUUGCCAUGGUUGGCCACACCAUCCACUUCACAAUGUACGAAAGAGUCAACGUCUCGGCCUUCUUCGACGCCUCAGACAUCGACAUCUUGAACUUCCAGGUGUCUGACCUGCAGACCCCACUGGGUGUGCACAGGGAGGCGCUGCUCCGCUGCUCGGACAUCAUCUCCUACACCUUCGAGCUGUGACUGCCACAGGCACCCUGCCUCCCACCUGUCCUGCUUUCUAAUAAAAACACACUCGGGUACA